AACCCCCAUCAAUCACCAAGUAAUUGCCCCCUCUUCCUCUCCGUCUCCCUUCUCUUUGUUUCGUUGACUCGGAGAGUUCGCUUCGUCGAAGCGGAAAUAAACGAUUUGUGAUUCCAAGUUCGAGAUCAGUUUAAUUCCAACACUCGGUUUCACUAAACCAAGAACUAGUGGAACGACCAAAAAAGGUUCGUUUUCGACUCUAAUUCGCAGUAACACAGUUCAGUUCAGGUUUCUGAAUGCUUCAUAGAUUGCUUUCGUUUCUGGUUUGCUAUCUUCGGUCUGCUAUAGAUCUGCUCGAAGCAGGAAGCGCUGCCAUUUUUGCGAAAACUUAAUUCGUAGCUCUACAUAACAGUUAAACACCUUGACUUCAGAUCUGGGUUUGAUACUGUUCGUCAUUCUGUUGCCCGAAUUCAACUGUUGGAAAUGUCGAUUUUACCGAAAGGCGAUUCGAUUCAAAUCCGGGAGGUUUGGAGUGAUAAUCUGGAGGAAGAAUUUGCUUUGAUCCGUGAAAUUGUUGACGAUUAUAACUAUAUUGCUAUGGACACCGAGUUCCCGGGCGUGGUUCUUCGUCCUGUGGGGACUUUCAAGAACAUCAAUGACUAUAACUAUCAAACACUGAAAGACAACGUGGAUAUGCUGAAAUUGAUUCAAUUGGGUCUCACCUUCUCCGACGAGCAUGGAAAUCUUCCCACGUGCGGGACCGAUCAGUUUUGCAUCUGGCAAUUCAACUUCCGUGAGUUUAAUAUAAGUGAAGAUAUUUUCGCAAGCGAUUCCAUUGACUUGUUGCACGAGUCAGGGAUUGAUUUCAAGAAAAAUAACGAGAAGGGCAUCGAUGUGAAUCGGUUCGGUGAGCUUUUGAUGUCGUCGGGGAUUGUGUUGAACGAUGCUGUGCAAUGGGUCACCUUCCACAGUGGGUAUGAUUUCGGUUACUUGCUUAAACUUCUGACAUGCCGGAGUUUGCCCGAUGCGCAAGCUGGGUUCUUUGAUCUAAUCAACAUGUAUUUCCCCAUGGUAUAUGAUAUCAAGCAUUUGAUGAAGUUUUGCAAUAGCCUCCACGGUGGUUUGAACAAGCUUGCGGAGUUGUUGGAAGUGGAGAGAGUUGGCGUGUGCCAUCAAGCGGGUUCUGAUAGUUUGCUGACUGCCAGUACCUUUAGGAAGUUGAGGGACUCCUUUUUCAGUGGCUCUACAGAGAAAUACGCAGGCGUUUUAUAUGGUCUUGGUGUCGAGAAUGGACAGAGUACUAAUUAAAAGAAAAUAAAUGGGAAAAAUAUUGAUGAAUAUUGUAGAAUCUCUUUGUACACUGGGAAAAAAGUUGUUGAUUUAGUCGUAACUUAUCUUCUUUGCUUGCUUUGCCUUGUCUGGUUUUAUAGCUUAAUCUGGAUGUACAUUGAUGCAGUUAGUCGUUGAAUAAAAAUUUAUGAUGUUUGUUUGCUU